CCGCGUACCAGCAUCUUCCUCGUCCAGCCAGACUGUUCCACUUCGCAGCCGCCCUCACCCCCGACUCCCUGACGGCGCUGGCGCGUCCAACUCCAACCGACACAGACAUCCAUCGACGGCGGCGAGACUGGCCCGCCGGCUGCUAGAGCGUUUCACUUCACAACCGAAUCAGAGACCGGGCCAGUCGGAGACGGCUCCGCCUCUUCCAAUCGCCGCGGCCCUCUGCCCGUUGCCCUACCGAGCCCCCGCCUCGGAGACAUUUCGUCGAGCACUUGGCGCGCGCGCCUGGAGUGGAGGCCAUGGCUGCGGCGAAGAUCAAAUCCACCGCGCUAUCCAUCACCCACAAGUGCCGGAACAUCUUGGCCGCCGGUUGGGAAGCCCACCUCAACACAAUCAAGGCCGACGCCAAGGGAAGCAAGGAGGAGAUUUACACGUCGAGGGUGCACUACAUGAUCCAGAAGGGCACGCCCUACUUGAUCGUCCCUGAGAAUGACAUGCACAACAUUAACAUUGUAAUCGACGAGCGGGGUUCUCUUGCUGUGUCCAGUCCGAUACGGGGUCGGGUUGUGAGCUUGCUGAAGUCACUGCAUAAGAUGCCUCCUCGUGUUGCUAUGACCGGUGAUGUUCUGCGCCUGAAAGACUCAAAGGUUCCAAUUAUCGCCGAUAGCCUAAAGAAAGCUAUUAUGAAGGAACAUGAAGCUUCUAGUGCAGCUAGUCAUGGAGUGACAGCAAUAUUGUCUUCUGCGGGUGCUACCUGCAGAUCACGGAGUGAGGGCCUCCUUAGUCUACUCAAUGAGGACAGCUCCUACAGCAUCUUCAAAUUUGACAUUGGUUCAUGUGUCUACAUAGAUUCCUCUGGAAGCAGCCAUAAUAUUGAGUUAGACAGCUUCGAACCACCAAAACCAGAUCUGUUAAUGCCCUUCUCUGCGAAGCUUAUUGAUGGUAUCAACCGAAGUGACUCGAGAAGGAGAGCACUAAUACUUUUCUGUUUUGAGUAUUUUAAUGUGUUGGCAAGAAACGCGGUCAUGCUUUCCAUUGACCACCAUGGUUUUGAUGUGCUCGCCAAAGUCCCUGAAAGAGCCAGCCUGGGUAAUGUCCCUCAUCAAUACCACUGGAAGGAGUUCAGGUUCACAUUCAAGGAACCAGCCAAAGAUGCUGAGGAGUUCUGCCGCACACUGGUUAAGUUAGAGGAAGAAGUUCUGGCGAGCGUGAAGAGCUAUAGCGGUUUAGGGUGACAGCCCACUAGCCAUAAUCUGAAUCAGUGAGGAACAAAUAUUUCAUAUUCCUGUACUCUUCUUUUAUGUAUUAUAGUGGUAGAUGGUGACAGCCCACUUGCCACGUUCCGAAUCAGUGAGGAACAAGAUCAAAUACUCAGAUUCCUGUACUCAUCUUUUAUGUAUGGAGGUUUUGUUUGAGUUGGUAUAUUUUUUAA